AUGGUAAUGAUAGUGUCAGGUGACAAACUUAAUGCAUUAAAUCAAAAAUUUUCACAAAAUGUGAGUUUUUUCUUUAAUUGGAUCGGAUUUUUGGCUGUUAUCUGUCUCGUACCAACAAUUUCAGCCCGUUUUGGAGCCAUGAGCGGUUUUGGUCUUUCAAUGGCAAAAUGGAUGUACGGUUACAUGCCUACUGCUGUGACAUAUCACGAUUUUAAAAAUGGUAUUCGAGAUCCGGCGCAAAAUUUUGUUUUUGCAAUUGUUUUAUUUGCUGGGUUUUUCCUUUUCGUACGUGGUCUUAUAUCGUAUAUUACAGUUAAAAAUCAUGCCAAUCGUGCUGGACAAAGUGCCGAAAUAUUUACGUGGUAUUGA